CGAUACUGUCAAAAUUAGCCGUAAAUUAUUAAAUGUGAUUAAAAUUUCAGUGUUUUUCAUCAUCAGAAACAAUUCAGUAUGUCUAAGAAACCUUUGGGACCCGGGCCAGGGGCCUACAGGCUCCCCACCACAGUGGGCUUCAACCUCCACGACCCUUCCCGGUACAGGAACCCCAUGUACUCGUUCGGGACCAAUGCCGGCAUGCGGGUGAAGCAACUCGGCCCGGGCCCCGCUUACAGGAUAGACAGAGUCACCCGGGACGGCGUGGUGUCUUCGCCCGCUUGGAGCUUUGGUGCCAGGUUCGCCCCACGCGCGCUGCUCCGCACGCCCGGACCCGGGGCGCACGCUCCCGAGCGCUGCCCGCCGAUGCGGGAGCCCCGGGCGCCGAUAUACUCCAUGGGGGCGCGCCUCGGGUUCAUGCUGAAGAAGGCGGGGCCCGCGCCGAACGCGUACGCCCUGAGAUUGGGCCCCGGGUCCCCUGCGUAUACGAUGGGAGCGAGGGUGGGGUUCAACUCGAAGCCUAAGUCGCCAGGGCCAGCAGUUUAUUUCCAGCAUAAUACGGACGUUUAUAAGACCAAGAUGCCACAAUACUCGCUGGGAGCGCGGCUGGACGGCGCCGGCAAACCUACAAAGUCGCCGGGGCCGGCCACGUAUCCCCCCAACUUGUAUAACACGAAGAAGAACCCCUACGCCUACUCGUUCGGCACCAAGCACGGUGACUACGCACCUCCAAUGAUCAUCAAAGAAGACACCAUGGACUGUCUGUGAACUGUUUGACCUCCAACUGUAAUGUCGUCCAUAAAACUCUAACAUACCCAUAUUAA